UCGGCCAUGGCGGCGAUCGACCAGCUGAUACUAGGCAUGCCCCAAUCAAUCCAAGAUGGGGUGAUUCUAUUAGGCCUUUCGUCGGUGCACAUUUACCGGGACCUUCUCGUACUUAGAAAACAACAUACAAUUGCUCAAUUUGACGACUCAAUCGUCACAAAGGCUGGCUUACCUACGAUUGGUCUUGAAAUAAUGCAUCAUAUACACAGUAGUGUUUGUUGGUCUUUACCGCUAUCUCAAUUUCGGUAUUAUGGUGGCGCUAUAACUUCCGAAAGGGCACUUAUUAUUUGA